AUGUCGCAGCGACGUGAUGCACCACAGCGCGAGCAGCAGUGCGAGUGCCACCUCGAGCCGGCUGAAGCGGCGCAUUUCUUCUUGGGUCCGCACACACGCACGCAGCAGGAGCAGAGGCAGAAACCACCUUUCCGCACCCGCAAAGCUUUGUUCCAAGUGGCCACGGCGGUGAUCAGUGCAGACCCGCGGGAAAAAGGGAGAGGCCGCCCAGACAUGCCGCCUGGACACGGACGAAAAAAAAAGGCAAAGAACGACAUUUCUUCUUGCGAGCCUCUUCUCUCGCACGAGAGACACGCAUCGCGACCCUGUCCAACCCUGUCCAACCCUUUCCAACCCUGUGCGGGCUUGCGAGUGGAGGUUGCGGGGCCCACAUUGCAACACUCGCGCCUCCUUCCACACUUCCUCGACGACCAACGUCAAGUUUCGAUCGUCUCCAGGCGUACAAUGUCGCUCUCACUUCAAGCUGGGGCGUCGGGGUCAAAGCCUUCUGGGGCGGGUGCUGGUCCAUCGCAGUUGGUGGCUUCGCUGCGGGAACGCGGGGUGACUCUGCCGAACUUUGGGGCGCUCAAGAGCAAAGAGGUUCGCGGGGGGCAUCGGCAGUCUGUGCGCGGAUUGGGGUGGUCUGUCGAUGGGCGGAAGCUGGCUACGUGUGGGGCGGAUCGAGUGGUGCGUAUCUGGGUGCCGGAACGGUCGGUGGACGCACGCGCGUCGACGGAGCUCAAAGGGCAUAGCGAUAGUGUAGACCAGCUGGUGUGGCAUCCGUCGCAUGCGGAUGUUGUGGCCACUGCGUCGGCGGAUAAGACGGUGCGGAUCUGGGAUACCCGUGCGCGUGCGCAGCAGGCAAAUGCAACAGACGGUGUGACGACGGUGCAGACGCCAGGGGCCAAUAUCAAUAUAGCCUACCAUCCAAGUGGGGACUAUUUGGCCGUGGGGGAUAAGACGGAUACAGUGUCGGUGGUGGAUACACGACAGAAUCGCAUCGUCCAUACGGUGUGUACGCGAAGAACCGCUCCAACCGAUGCGUGUUCGCCCACAACGGUGAUGGGAACAACCGACGAGAUCAACGAGCUGUGCUUCUCUCCAGACGGCUCACUGUUGCUGCUGUCCUCCGGGUCGGGAUCGGUGCAUUUACAUACGACGACAGACUAUGCACGUGUGCACUCGCACGCCACACACACCGCCAACGUCUUCUGCCUCCAAUGGGACCCCCUCUCCCGAUACAUUGCCACAGCCUCAUCGGACUCAAUGGUCGCACUUUGGGAUACAAACGAGUGGUUCGCCCACAAGAUGAUCACAGAUCUAACCUUCCCCGCCCGCGCAAUCGGUUUCAGCCACGAUGGUGAAGUACUCGCUGCGGCAGGAGAGGAUCGAUUCAUAGCCAUCAAUGCUACCCAACCAAACACCGACGCCGACUCACUUCACAAGAUUCCAUUGCCUCCGUCAACGACCAUCAAUACCUUGGCUUGGCAUCCGGCAAAGUACAUCCUCGCCUACGCGGGUGAUGAGCCACAGAAGGAUACCGGCACCGUCCGCAUCUUCAACCUCUAA